AAUGAGAAUUGGUACAUAAAAUCCAAAAAUUAAAAUUCUAUCAUCUGUUCAGUAGUCAAAUUCUAACUAAUAACAACCAAUUCAAUAAUAAUAAAGUAUUAUUGACUCAUUAUUAUUCUUAAGACUUUUAAAAUCAGUAAUAAAUAUAAAAUUGGAAUCAACCUGCACCUUAAGGCUAAUGUAAUAUUUUCUUAACAUAAUAUAGAGUAAUAGUAGGGCUCAAAUUCAAAUAUCAAAUUCAAAGAGGAAGCUAAAAUCAAUAAUAGUGUAUAUAUAUAUUAUUAAAUUUUAGAGAGCAAAUGAAUUUGAAAACCUUUUUUCAAGAGUUCAAUCAGAUAUAGACUCAAAUGAGGCUCAAUUCAAUUUAUCCCCUUAUAUUUAAGACGAUUCAGUAAUUUACUAAUUCUGGAGAUUUGAGUUUUGUGGAUAAGGAAAUUUCUAAGGAAGAGCCAUUAGUGGUCUUUAAAUUUAUUAAUAAUAAUAGGUGUUUUAAAAUUCUAAUCAGAUCAUCCUAUGAGUGCUCCAAUUUUUUACUUUGAUCCAGUAAAAACAGAUCAAGGAGAUGAAGUCUUAUAGCAUGAAAAUAUUUAUGGAGGUAAAUAGUGUAAAAUCAUUUUAAGAUCACACUUUAUGCAUUCCCUUAUUCUCACAUUGGAAAAAAACAACAACUGAGUAUGAAAUAUUGUAAGCUAUUGUACAUAUUUUUCACAAUCCAAAUUGGUCUGAGACAGAUGCUCCUGCUAACCCAAUGUUUUCAAAAUUAGAACAUUAGGAGAAAUAAUAGAUCUAAUUAAGAUAAGCUCAAUAUUUAGAAUAUUUCUGUAAGACAUCAUGAA